AAUACGUGCUGUCGAACCCUCACCUUUAAAAAUUAAUAUAAUAAUUACAAUUAUGUCAUUAUUUGCGAUACAAUAUAAUUACAUAAAUGAGGAAAUUGUUCCUGUCUAACUAUCAUAAUUUAUAUUAAACCUAAAUAGUGCAAAAGCCAAUCAGAUUCUAAUAAGAAGACUAUAGUUGAACUAGCGGUUUCAAUAACAUAAUUUAGUGUACUAAUUGCUGUAAACAUGAGUUUGUAAAGAUCAUAGUUCGUUUUCCGCGUGUUCCGUGACUGCGACUAGUGUUUGGGUCAAUCAAAUGUGUUUAUACAACAAAUACCUAAUUGAUAAUUAGACACGCGCGUUACUACGUGAACGGAGACUAUGGGGCAGACGGGCAGCGCAAUACCCGCGCCCCGCACCUCUUGCACCGGCGGGGCUCCGAACAACCUCCCGCCUCUGAGCUUUCACAGCGUCCACGGGGAGAACGUGAGGGUGUCUAGAGAUGGCUCUGUCGCGAGACGAGUGGAAUCGUUCUGCAAGGGCGUCGCGUUCAGCGCGAGACCAGUGCGCGUUAAUGAGAAGGUCUGCAUACGCUUCGUCGAAAUCUCCAACAGUUGGAGCGGCGUCAUCCGCUUCGGCUUCACCACUCACGACCCGGCCACCUUAGCCCACGCAUUACCCAAAUACGCCUGCCCAGACCUGACCAACAAACCAGGCAACUGGGCCAAGGCUCUGGGCGAGAGGUUCUGCGAGAAAGACAAUAUUUUGUACUACUACGUCAACUCGGCUGGUGACGUACAUUUCGGUAUCAACGGGGAGGACAAAGGCCUGUUCUUCUCCGGCGUCGACACGAGAAACCCACUGUGGGCCUUAGUGGACGUUUACGGAAACUGUACAGCGGUGCAGUUCGCUGAUCCGAGAGCGCCAAACCAAAUUAGAAGACCUGCCCAAAGUCCGGUCGAGGAGGACAGAUUGGUCGGUAGCAUGAGGAGCUUAGCCAUUGAGGAGCCCUUGCCGCCGCCAAGAUACUCCAAUCCUUUAGUACCUCUAAGUCUACACAGGACUAAAGGGAGGAACGUGCAAUUUAUCAGCGAUAGAGGCGUAGCGGCUAGGACGGAGGCGGAGUUCUGUCAAGGAUACGUUUUCACAGCUAGGCCGAUGCGUCCGGGACAGACUAUUGUGGUGCAAAUACUGUCCACUGAGGCAGCUUACGCGGGCAGUCUGGCUAUAGGGCUGACUUCCUGCGACCCUGGUACACUAAGGCCUUGCGAUUUGCCUGACGACGCUGAGCUGCUUUUGGAUAGACCUGAGUACUGGGUGGUGAGACGGGAUGCGGCUAACGGGUUGAGGAGAGGCGAUGAGUUAGCCGUGACCUUGACCAUGGACGGGGAAGUGAGAGUCAGCAGGAACGGUUCGACGCCUGUGACUGUCAUGCACGUGGACCACACGUUGCGUCUGUGGGCUUUCGUGGACAUUUAUGGCGCUACGCAGAAGGUCAGGAUGUUGAGCAGCCAAGUUCCUCAGCCGGCUCAGACUCCCCCGCAGCAGUUGAGGGUUAUAACUGGGUCAGCGGCGCCGAUAUCCACCGGGAACGGCGGGACGGUGCUGGUGGUGAGCCUGCCGCCGCAGAACGGUGCCCAGAACGUGGGCAGCCAUCAGCAGGGGCUGACUCUCGCCAGCGCGCAUUAUAUUGAGCCGAUCCAAGCGACGUCACAGCUGUGCUUGACCAACCUGCAGCCUCUGCCUACCCCAUCGUGCCAGGCGGCUCCCUACCCCCGUCCGCGGACGGAUGCCCAAUGUUCUUCGUCCAGCCAAAAUUCUUGCAACGAACAAGUUAUACCGAACGGCCAUCCAGAACCUUUGAGGUUAGCCGACCGAAUUCAAAACGCGCCAUCCACAAGUCGACAACCGCAGCCUAUAUACUCCGUAAUUGGGGAGGGUAAUCUCACCGGGACGGAGUGUACUAUAUGUUAUGAAAAUCCUAUUGAUAGCGUCUUGUAUAUGUGCGGACAUAUGUGUAUGUGUUAUAGGUGUGCUGUACAGCAGUGGAGGGGGAAGGGGGGCGGCCAAUGUCCGCUGUGUAGAGCACAGAUAAAAGAUGUAAUUAGGACGUAUAAGUCUUGAUGUGUUUGCGCGUUCAAGUACAGUGUUGCCGUGUUCGUGAAUUCAAAGUUUCUACUAUUUCUGAUGUUCCUAUUCACAUGUAUUAUUCGCAAAAUAUAUUUUAUUCUUAGAUCCAAUGAUCGAAUUGAUGUAUGUAUUCACGUCAUUGUCUUGCGUUAAACUCUCGUUAAAGAUGGCGGAUCAAUCUGACGUUUUUUUUUUCACAAAUGGAACUUUACAUUUUCGAAAAAUGGCAACACUGAACUUUUGUUAUAUUUUGCCAAAAAUGCGGUUAAAAGUCGAUGUAUUAUAACUUAUUGAUAAGCUUACACUAAGUAGUACCGUCACGAGAGCCUCGAAUCAACGACGUUGAUUAGCGCGGGAAAAUAAUAUAUAAACUUAUGAAUAAAUUAGUUUGUAUUUUAGACGUUAAUUUUCAAAUUUGGAAUAAUUCUAAAUAUCUAAAUAUGUUCUCGUUUACAUAUUAUAUUGAAGAACUCUUUAGUUUUAAUUGCAAUUAAUAUAUAGCUAAUAUAAUAAAAACAAGGACGGCAUUAUAAUUUAUAUAUUUAGAAUUGUAUACAAGGAGUGUGUUGCAUAUGUUAUAAAUUUAGUUAUUUAUUUUUGAAAUUUCGGUAAUAAUUUUGGUAUAGUUUAAAUAAUAAAUGAAUCCAUUUGACAUAAUAAAAUUUAAAAGUACCUAAUGAAAUAGAAAAAAAAAUUGUAGGUAUAUUAAAAAUAAUUUUCAAAUUUUGUAAGCGGGUCUUAUUUUUUAAUUUAAUAUUUGUUUAAAGGAUUGACCAUAUCAUUCGUGUGUUGAGGUCGUUUAGCGACGAUUUCUUCCGUCACUAAAAAAGUUAAUUAUUUUCAUUUUGAACAAUAUCUUCACGCCGCCUUUUUUUAACAUAACAAGAGGCUAUGGUAUUUUAAAAUGUAUAUAUAGUUAACAGUAGACACUGCUAGGAAUAUUGUAAGUCUUAAGUUUCCUAAUACGAGGGUUUUCAAAAUUAUAUAGCACUCUAUUGUAACACGGUGACGUCAGAUGGAACGGACGUUGUGAUUGGACGGUCAUUCGUCCAAUAGAAACAGCUCAUUAGCAUCUGCUGACGUAUUUUUGAAAAUUUUGACAUUUAUCUUAACAUCUCGACCACGUAAACAUAUCGUGCUGUCUUUAUCGUGUAUAGUCAAGAUGAGUGAGACAGAAUGAUAGAUUGGAAAGAGAGAUGUGUUUUAUAAGGAUUAAUAUACAAAUUAUAUGCGUAAUCCUUGCAAAUGUAUGCGUCCAUUGUAUAUCGGUGAUAGAAAUAGUGCAUUUAGUAAUUUAUUAUCAUAUCAUAAUUUAUAGAUGAUAGUUUCUUGACAUAAUAAGGUAUACGCUGAGACAUAAGAUCCGGUUGCAUUAAAUACAAUUUGAAAAAAGGCGUAAUAAUGAGUGACAUCACUCGCGGUUUCGCCUCAGAAUAUUUGUAUUCAAUUUAAUCGUAUCUUACAUAUCGAUUAUUUAGGUGCUUCGUAUAAACGGAAUGACGCUUUUGUAUGUUUUAAUCUGCUACGGGAUAGGCAGAUAUUCAUUUCUUUUAAGAUAGAGGUCGGUGUAUAUUGGCGCCAAAAGCAAUAAACGUGUAUUUGGAACAUUUUAACAGACAAUCAACUGCAAAACAUAGGUGCAAUGUGUUAAAUUUAUGACAGCAUAAAAUGAGAUUUGUUAUUUGAAGGAUUUCCAACGAUUUUCAAUAUUUAAAAAAAUAUAGAAGUUACCACAUCAUUUGCUAGCUUGAAGAGUUCUAAAAAAAUAUUUUAUUAUGAUUUUCUCAAAUAAAUCGAUCCAUUAUUUAGCUAUAAUAUGCCGGUAGAUGCAAGCUACUGCGCUAUGUUGCCCGUGCUAAAUUUUACAGAUCGCAUAAAAAGUUGUAGGAAUUUUAAAAGAAGUAUCAUUUUAAAAUAUUUUUUAACAUACAUAUUAACUACACUACAUGGUAAUUUGUCGCCAUUGUGCAUUGGACCCGAGCAAUGAUUUUUUUAUGGUUUGAAUUAUUCCAUUAUUUCUUCGACAGUUCAAUUUGGUGACUUUGGAAUGAUUUUAUAAUAACCAGAUAAACUAAAUAUCUGAAUGUAUUUUUGGUUAAAUAUCUGGUGAUCGUUUAAAAUCAAUCCGUAAGCUACCAUUUUUAUUUGCUCAAUAUUUUUCGUUAAGUAUUUUUUUUCUUUUAAAACCUAAAACAGGGUUUUUUAUAAAUCUGUGUUCUUUGUUUUUUUUUUCUAUGAUGAUAACUUCUUCUGAAUGUUUGACUGAAAACAUCGUUAUUUUGUAAAUAUUAUUUAUUUUUAAUCAUUCCUUUGAUAAUGUUUACCAAUAAUUAUAUCUUAUACCAAACUAAGUAGCCAGUUUUUUGUGUAAUUUAGAAGAUUUUUUUUGCCGACCUUACAAAUAUGACAUUAAUGAUUUUGUUACCACUACAAAAAUCCGAGUAAAGUUUUAUUUUAUCAAAUCUACGCCCAAAUCCGAAACUUGUAAAUCUAAAUUAUCAAUGCGAGGCCAGUUGAAACAGUAACAUAAUAAUAUCUGAUCGUAUUUAUUUUGUAACACUUAAGUGACAAGAUUUUUUUUAAAACUUUUCAUACACAUUUUCGUAAUUUAUUUAAGUUAAUUGACUUCGGUGUUAAAAAAUACUGAAUUUUUAGACACAAAUACAGUGCCCGUUAUUAGUUUUUAUGUACCUACCUAAUUUAAUUUUUAACAUUUUAUACCAAAACAGUGUGACCACUUUACAAAAUAAUAAGCAUCGCGAAAGUUGUAAGCCAAAUUUAAUGUAAGUUUUCUAUGGAAAGUUGUAAAUAUAUAUGGAAUAGUUUCGAUAUGUUGAUACAAAAAAUGAAUUAUAUAAAUUUAUUAUUUAACUAACUGUAUGUAUUUGUCUUUUACCGUUUCUUUCAUUCUAGCUUCCAAGUUUUUCAUUAUAUAAAUACAUAUUUAACCUGUUCAUAAUUUAUCAUACACAUCAAAGUUUCAACAUAAUUUCAAAAACUUUAUUUUUUACAUUUUCGUACAGAUUAAAAAUUUCUUUGGUUUUUUUUAAACUAACUACAAUUUUGAUACAGGAUUUUUCAUUAUUGUAUCAACACGUCUUAGGCCGAGGGUGUGAUAAAAAAAUAUUCAUUUGGAAUUUCUUAGCCGUGUACAGCGUUAUUGUCUAGUCGUUAGUAAUUUAUUUCCUAAUUAUUUUGAAAAAAAUGCAUUCUUUGUAACGAUGUUGGAAUUUAGAUUAAGUUUUCGAAUAAAAGGUUAUUGAACUAUA